ACUGUAACUUGGUUUUUAAGACUAAACAAACCGCCCUUCACACGCGGCCACGCCCUCUCCAACAAAGGGGCAAACUCAAAAAGUCAACCCUGUCCCUAGCCUCCUCUAACCCUUACAGCAGAAAUAUGACUUGCAGCGCAUUAGCAUCAUGUCAGCUGCCUGCAGUUGACCUGCAUUUUGAUAAGCAUUUUAGUUUUGGCGGCAUGACCGCAUUUUGAUAAGCAUUUUAGCCAGUAAUAAUCCUACUAUUUCUCUGCUCUGGAUGGAUGAGAUGAGGGCAUCAGCCAGUAUUUGACAGUUGGAUACUUCUCUAUCGUUUUCAAGACUCAAGUCAGAGAACUGCGCAUCUUUUCUUUACGAUAAUUUAGAAGCUUCCUCGACUAGGCUGGAGAAUUUCUGUGACCCCAUUGGCCACAAACAUGCGUAGCGGCCGCAACUCAGCAGGUCUAUGGCGAUUCGGCAGCGGCCUAUACAGCUGAGUUGCCAUGUCAUCGGCUCAUCGCCUCGAGAGGUGACGACACCGCUACUAAUCCUGCUGCUGCUGCUGCAAUGUCUCUGCAGCCGCGCCGGCGCGUGCACGGGGGAGGAGAGGGAGGCCCUGCUGUCCGUCCUCGCCGACCUCUCGCCGCCGCCCGGCGACGGCCUGAACGCGUCGUGGCGCGGCGGCUCGCCCGACUGCUGCACGUGGGACGGCGUGGGCUGCGGCAGCGAUGGCGCGGUCACGCGCGUCUGGCUGCCGCGCCGCGGGCUCAGCGGCACCAUCUCGCCGGCGCUCGCCAACCUCAGCGCGCUCACGCACCUCAACCUCUCCGGCAACAGCCUCGGCGGCGCGUUCCCGGCGGCGCUGCUCUCGCUGCCCAGUGCCGCCGUUGUCGACGUCAGCUACAACCGCCUGUCCGGCUCGCUGCCGGACCUGCCGCCGCCCGUGGGCGUGCUGCCGCUGCAGGCGCUCGACGUGUCCAGCAACAACCUGGCGGGGCGGUUCCCUUCCGCGAUAUGGGCCCACACGCCGAGCCUCGUGUCCCUCAACGCGAGCAACAACAGCUUCCAUGGCGCGAUCCCGUCGUUCUGCGCGAGCGCCACGGCCCUCGCCGUCCUUGACCUCUCCGUGAACCAGCUCGGCGGAGGCAUCCCCGCCGGGUUCGGCAACUGCUCGCAGCUGCGUGUCCUCAGCGUCGGCCGGAACAACCUAACCGGAGAGCUCCCCAGCGACGUCUUCGACGUGAAGCCGCUGCAGCAGCUGCUGAUCCCGUCGAACAAGAUACAGGGGAGGCUCGACCCCGGACGCAUCGCCAAGCUGAGCAACCUCGUCUCUCUCGACCUCAGCUACAACAUGUUCACCGGAGAGCUGCCCGAGUCCAUCAGCCAGCUGCCCAAGCUGGAGGAGCUCCGGCUUGGGCACAACAACCUGACCGGGACGCUCCCGCCAGCGCUCAGCAACUGGACCGGGCUCCGGUGCCUCGACCUCCGGUCGAACAGCUUUGUCGGGGACCUCGACGCCGUUGACUUCUCCGGCCUCGGCAACCUCACCGUCUUCGACGUGGCCGCCAACAACUUCACCGCCACGAUCCCGCAGAGCAUCUACUCCUGCACGUCGCUGAAGGCGCUCCGCUUUGGCGGCAACCAGAUGGAAGGGCAGGUCGCGCCGGAGAUCGGCAACCUGCGCCGGCUCCAGUUCCUGUCCUUGACCAUAAACUCGUUCACCAACAUCAGCGGCAUGUUCUGGAACCUCCAGGGGUGCGAGAACCUCACCGCGCUUCUAGUGUCGUACAACUUCUACGGCGAGGCCCUGCUGGACGCCGGCUGGGUCGGGGACCAUCUCAGGGGUCUCCGGCUUCUGGUGAUGGAGAACUGCGAGCUGACGGGUCAGAUACCAACGUGGCUGUCGAAGCUGCAGGACCUCAGUAUCUUGAAUCUCGGCGAUAACCGCCUCACCGGCCCGAUCCCGCGCUGGAUCGGCGGCAUGAAGAAGCUCUACUACCUGGACGUGUCCGGCAAUCUGCUGUCCGGUGGGAUUCCGCCGUCGCUGGCGGAGUUGCCGCUUCUCACGUCGGAGCAGGCCAUGGCAAACUUCAGCACAGGCCACAUGCCACUCACCUUCACCCUGACGCCCAACAACGGAGCGGCGAGCAGGCAAGGCCGCGGGUACUACCAGAUGUCCGGCGUCGCCACGACGCUCAACUUCAGCAACAACUACCUCACCGGCACGAUACCGCGCGAGAUCGGGCGGCUGGUGACUCUGCAGGUGCUUAACGUCGGCAACAACAACCUCUCCGGCGGAAUCCCGCCGGAGCUCUGCAGCCUUACCAAGCUGCAGUUUCUGAUCCUGCGCCGGAACCGUCUGACGGGGCCAAUCCCGCCGGCGCUCAACCGGCUCAACUUCCUCGCCGUCUUCAGCGUCUCGUACAACGAUCUGGAGGGGCCGAUUCCGACGGGCGGCCAGUUCGACGCGUUCCCGCCGGGGAGCUUUCGGGAGAACCCCAAGCUCUGCGGCAAGGUGAUCGCCGUCCCGUGUACGAAGCCCAAUGCCGGAGGCGUGUCGGCUUCGUCCAAACUAGUUAGCAAAAGGACUCUCGUGACCAUCGUCCUUGCAGUUUGCUCUGGAGUGGUCGCCAUCGUCGUCUUGGCAGGAUGCAUGGUGAUCGCCGUCAGGAGGGUGAAACCGAAGGGGUCAGUCGACGACGCCGGCAAGUUUGCGGAGGCGUCCAUGUUCGACUCGACGACAGACUUAUACGGCGACGACUCCAAGGACACGGUCCUGUUCAUGUCGGAGGCCGGCGGCGACGCGGCGAGGCAUGUCACGUUCUCGGACAUCCUCAUGGCGACCAACAACUUGGGCCCGGCGAGCAUCAUCGGGUCGGGCGGCUAUGGCCUGGUGUACCUCGCGGAGCUGGAGGACGGCACGCGCCUCGCGGUGAAGAAGCUCAACGGCGACAUGUGCCUGGCGGAUCGCGAGUUCCGCGCGGAGGUGGAGACGCUGUCGUCGGCGUCGGCGCGGCACGAGAACCUGGUCCCGCUCCAGGGCUUCUGCAUCCGCGGCCGGCUGCGGCUGCUGCUGUACCCGUACAUGGCAAACGGCAGCCUGCACGACUGGCUCCACGACCGGCCCGGCGGCGCGGAGGCGCUGCGGUGGCGGGACCGGCUCCGGAUCGCGCGGGGCACGAGCCGCGGCGUGCUCCACAUCCACGAGCACUGCACGCCGCGGAUCGUGCACCGGGACAUCAAGUCCAGCAACAUCCUCCUGGACGAGUCCGGCGAGGCCCGGGUGGCGGACUUCGGGCUCGCCAGGCUGAUCCUCCCCGACCGCACCCACGUGACGACGGAGCUGGUGGGCACGCCGGGGUACAUCCCGCCGGAGUACGGGCAGGCGUGGGUGGCCACGCGGCGCGGGGACGUGUACAGCUUCGGCGUCGUGCUGCUGGAGCUGCUCACGGGCAGGCGCCCCGUGGAGCUGGUGCCGGCGCAGCGGCAGCAGUGGGAGCUGGUCGGGUGGGUGGCGCGGAUGCGGUCACAGGGGAGACACGCGGAUGUGCUGGACCACCGGCUCAGGGGCGGCGGCGACGAGGCGCAGAUGCUGUACGUGCUCGACCUCGCCUGCCUCUGCGUCGACGCCGCGCCCUUCAGCCGGCCGGCGAUACAGGAGGUGGUCAGCUGGCUCGAGAACGUCGACACCAUCGGCGCGCCGUCCGAAGAUGUAAAAAUCUCGGGUGGCCACGGACAAACUUGAAAUUGGAAUAACUCCGCGUCCUUUUGUGAUCUGCGCUGAAGGAUGCAAAACCUUUGCGCGAACUAGCGAGAGUCGAUGACAGUUGACAGGACAAAUAAAAUUGUUUGCAGCAUUGCAACGAGCGCCAAGCCAGAUGCGCUUGGGAAAAAAAAAACCCACCACACUUUGCCAGGAGAGAAGGAAAGCUCCACCUGUUUAGUCUGGGCCCUUUUAAAUUUGGGCCUGUAUUGGCCCUAUAUGCUCUGCUCAGCCUUGUUGUGAGUAAGCUUUUAUUUGGGCCUAGUUGUUUUUUGGGUGAUUUGGGUCAAGCUACUUUUUAUACCCUAAUUUUGUACUCUCUUUUCUUUUUUCAGAGUCUUUAGUUCUGAAAAAAAAACUUUUGUUUUUGGGUCCUCAAGGUUUGCAAUUGAGCAUCACUUGGUUUAAA